AUGAGGGGGACACCUACCGAGGAGGAAGAGAUCCUGAAGCGCGAGGAAGCGCUGGCGCUGGAAGCCAUGGAGCACAGCCUCGAGCUUGAGAGGUUGGAGACGAGGGAGCGCCAAGUUGCUCUAGCGGAGGAUGCCGUCGGCGCGCGUGAGGCCCGGGCCCAGGAGGAUGUCGACCGCCGCGUGGCCGAGGCUCGCGCGGAUAUUUUGGGCAGGUAUGACCUGAAGCUGAAGCUCGUAGAGGCCGAGGCUGCGGGCAGGACUACUGCCCUCAAGUCUAGGCUAACUGAGGCGGAACGGCACGAGGAGGCCGCCGCAGCCACCCUGGUCUUGGCACACGCUGAGCUCGCCUCUGCCCGCGCCAAGCUGCUUCCUCUUCAGCAGCGGGUCGCCAACGCCGAGUGCAUCGCGCAGCAGAACAGGGAGGAAGUGCUUCAACGGCGGACGCUAGAGCGCGUGCACGCUCCCAUGCUCCAGGAUCUCAGGAAUAGGGCCAACGCGGCGCUGGGCCACAUCUGCGAUGAAAAUGCCCCUCAUCCCCAUGCGAACGACUACGCCAGCAACCUCCGCUUCUUCACCGACGUGGUGAUGCGUCUGGAGCAUCGUUCCAAGAGAGCUCGCCAGCUUGUUAAAGAGAGGGCCUUUGCUUCCGAAGACGACGCGGUGGUGGUUGCGGCGGACGAAGGCGACAUGGUCGACGACGGUGAUGGCGGCGCCAGCGACGGUGUUGAUGAUGCCAGCGACGCGUCCGAAGGCGACCCAGGGGACGCAGCGAGCGACAUGUCCUUUUGA